UUUCCGAGGAACUUUUCAAGGCCUCCGGGCCACCACCGAGGACAGGGCGGGACGCGAGAGCUCGGCGCUCCCAGGGACCGGCCAAGCGAGGCGGCGGGCCCCGGCGGGCCGCCCGGAGGAGGCAGCUGCGCCAUGGACGGGCCAUCUUUCGGCGAGACGGCUCUGGAGCAGGCUCUGGCCGAGCUCUGCGAGCUGGACACGACACUGCUGACCGACAUGGAAGACAUGCUCCAGCUCAUCAACAACCAAGACAGCGACUUCCCUGGCCUGUUUGAUCCACCCUAUGCUGGGGGUGGGGCAGGGGACACAGAGCCUGCCAGCCCCAGUGCCAGUUCCCCAGGCAGCUUGUCUCCGUCUCCUGCCUCACUGAGCUCCCCUCUGGAAGCCUUCCUGGGGGACCCUAAGGCGGCAUCCCCACCUUUGUCCCCUCCCCAGUCUGCACCCACCCCCUUGAACAUGUACCCAUCUGUGUCCCCCUUCUCCCCUGGACCUGGUAUCAAAGAAGAGCCAGUGCCACUAACCAUCCUGCAGCCCCCUACCCCACAACCCCUGUCGGGGACCCUCCUGCCCCAGAGUUUUGCAUCCUCAGCCCCCCCACAGUUCAACUCAGCCCCUGUGUUGGGUUACUCCAACCUUCCUGGAAGCUUCUCAGCAGGGACCCCUCCUGGGAGCACCCAGCAGCCGCUGCCUGGCCUGCCACUGGCUUCCCCGCCAGGGGUCCCACCUGUCUCCUUGCAUAGCCAGGUCCAGAGUACGGCCCCCCAGCAGCUGCUGACAGCCACAGCGGCCCCUGGAACGACCACUGUAACUUCACAGAUCCAGCAGGUCCCGGUCCUGCUGCAGCCCCACUUCAUCAAGGCAGACUCCCUGCUCCUGACCACCAUGAAGACAGAUGUGGGGGCCACUGUGAAGGCUGCGGGUAUCAGCUCCCUGGCCCCCAGCACAGCUGUACAGACGGCGCCCUUGCAGACCCUGAUGAGUGGUGGAACCAUCCUGGCCACAGUCCCGCUGGUUGUGGACACUGACAAGCUGCCCAUUAACCGGCUGGCAGCCGGCAGCAAGGCUGCGGGCUCAGCCCAGAGCCGUGGCGAGAAGCGCACAGCCCACAAUGCCAUCGAGAAGCGCUACCGCUCUUCCAUCAAUGACAAGAUAGUGGAACUCAAGGACCUGGUGGUGGGCCCCGAGGCAAAGCUGAAUAAAUCUGCUGUCUUGCGCAAGGCCAUCGACUACAUCCGCUUCUUACAACACAGCAACCAGAAACUCAAGCAGGAGAACCUAAGUCUGCGAACUGCUGCCCACAAGAGCACAGAAUCACUAAAGGAUCUGGUGUCCACUUGCAGCAGUAAAGGAAACACAGAUGUGCCCAUGGAGGGUGUGAAGACUGAACUGGUGGACACACUGACCCCACCACCUUCAGAUGCCAGCUCACCCUCCCAGAGCAGCCCCUUGUCCCUUGGCAGCCGGGGUAGUGGCAGUGGUAGCAGCAGCAGUGACUCGGAGCCUGACAGCCCAGUCUUUGAGGACAGCCAGGUGAAGCCAGAACAGCUGUCAUCUCCCCAUAGCCUGGGCAUGCUGGACCGCUCCCGCCUGGCCCUGUGCACACUUGUCUUCCUUUGUCUGUCCUGUAACCCCCUGGCCUCCCUGCUGGGUGGCUGGACGCUUCCUGGCCCCUCGGAUACUGUGGGUAUCCACCACAGUUCUGGGCGCAGCAUGCUGGGCACCGAGGGCAGAGAUGUCCCUGACUGGGCCCAGUGGCUGCUGCCCCCUGUGGUCUGGCUGGUCAAUGGGCUAGUGGUGCUGGCCUUCUUGGCAUUUCUCUUUGUCUGUGGGGAGCCGGUGACACGGCCCCACUCUGGCCCUGCUGUGAACUUCUGGAGACAUCGCAAGCAGGCUGACCUGGACUUGGCCCGGGGGGACUUCACCCAGGCUGCUCAGCAGCUGUGGCUGGCCUUGCAGGCACUGGGCAGGCCCCUGCCCACCUCCCACCUGGACCUGGCCUGCAGCCUGCUCUGGAACCUCAUUCGCCACCUGCUGCAGCGACUCUGGGUGGGCCGCUGGCUGGCCGGCCAUGCUGGGGGCCUGAGAAGGGACUGUACCUUGAGGGCGGACGCAUGUACCAGCGCCCGAGAUGCAGCCCUCGUCUACCAUAAGCUGCACCAGCUGCACACCAUGGGGAAGUACACGGGUGGGCACCUGGCUGCCACCAACCUGGCACUGAGUGCUCUGAACCUGGCAGAGUGUGCGGGGGAUGCUGUGUCCAUGGCAACGCUGGCGGAGAUCUAUGUGGCAGCUGCCCUGAGGGUCAAGACCAGUCUGCCCAGGGUCCUGCACUUUCUGACACGCUUCUUCCUGAGUAGCGCCCGCCAGGCCUGCCUGGCACAGAGUGGCUCAGUGCCUCUUGCCAUGCAGUGGCUCUGCCACCCCGUGGGCCACCGUUUCUUCGUGGAUGGGGACUGGGCCGUGCGCAGUGCCCCGCGGGAAAGCCUGUACAGCUUGGCCGGGAACCCAGUGGACCCCCUGGCCCAGAUGACACAGCUUUUCCGUGAACAUCUCCUGGAGCGUGCACUGAACUCUGUGGCCCAGCCCAGCCCCAACCCCAGCCCCGGGUCAGCUGAUGGGGACAGGGAAUUCUCAGAUGCCCUCGGAUACCUGCAGCUGCUGACCAGUUGUUCUGAUGCUGCUGGGGCUCCUGCGUGCAGCUUCUCCAUCAGCUCUAGCAUGGCUGCCACCACCGGCACAGACCCCGUGGCCAAGUGGUGGGGCUCACUGACGGCGGUGGUGAUUCACUGGCUGCGGCGGGAUGAGGAGGCAGCUGAGCGGCUCUACCCCUUGGUGGAGCAUCUGCCCCGUGCCCUGCAGGAGACCGAGAAACCCCUGCCCAAGGCGGCACUGCACUCCUUCAAGGCUGCCCGGGCUGUGUUGGGUCGUGGAAAGGCAGAGUCUGGCCCAGCCAACCUGGCCAUCUGUGAGAAGGCCAGCGGGUACCUGAGGGACAGCCUGGCCACCACACCAACUGGCAGCUCCAUUGACAAGGCCAUGCAGCUGCUCCUGUGUGACCUGCUCCUGGUGGUCCGCACUAGCCUGUGGAGGCAGCAGCAGCCCCCAACUUCAGCACAGGUGGCUCAGGGUGCUGGCAGCGGGCCCCAGGCCUCUGCCCUCGAGCUACGUGGCUUCCAAAGGGACCUGAGCAGCCUGAGGUGUCUGGCACAGAGCUUCCGUCCUGCCAUGAGGAGGGUGUUCUUACACGAGGCCACAGCCCGGCUGAUGGCAGGGGCCAGCCCUACCCGAACACACCAACUCUUGGACCGCAGUCUGAGGAGGCGGGCAGGUCCUGGUGGCAAAGGCGCGGCGGGGGAGCUGGACCCGCGGCCCACGCGGCGGGAGCACGCAGAAGCUCUGCUACUGGCCUCCUGCUACCUGCCGCCCGGCUUCCUCUCGGCGCCGGGGCAGCGCGUGGGCAUGCUGACCGAGGCGGCUCGCACGCUUGAGAAGCUGGGCGAUCACCGGCUUCUGCACGACUGCCAGCAGAUGCUCAUGCGCCUGGGUGGUGGGACUACAGUUACCUCCAGCUAGACCUCCUGCGUGGCGUCCUCCACGGUCUCAGUGUCCCGGUCUCCACGGCUCACCCGCGGCUGCUCCGUCCCUGAGGGGUGGGAAGCGGGAGGCGCAACCUACCACCAAAGCCCGCUCCUCAACUUGACAAGCGGCCGUCAGGAUGGUGCUGACCUCUGGUGGCCGAUCGGGGAAUUACAGGAGCCGAACCGCCCGCGUUCCCCCCACCGCCCUUGCUCUGCAGGCACCUUAGUGGCUUUUUUCCUCGCUUUUCUAGAGGGAGGAGGGGGUACCUUUCUUUGAGCUGAGGGGGGCCCUUCCCCAAGGUGCCUCUUUCCCUUCUGGGGGAGACUUGUACAUAGUGUAGAUGGGUGGGCCCGGGUGGGCCAGCCUCCUUGCCUCGGAGGCUCAUGAGCUACUUUUGCAAACUUUAUUUUCGUAGGUUAAGUUUUGUACAGAGAAUAAAAAAUGACGUUAUUUAUAA